AGAGUAUAAAAGUGGUGUCAGCGGCCGCGCUCCUGUCAGUAACCAGACUCCCCUUUCUCCGCUAUCACCAUGUCCGGCCUGGCUGUGGGCAUCGAUCUGGGCACCACGUACUCCUGCGUGGGCGUCUUCCAGCUCGGCAAGGUGGAGAUCAUCGCCAACGACCAGGGCAACCGCACCACCCCGAGCUACGUGGCCUUCACGGACACCGAGCGGCUGAUCGGCGACGCCGCCAAGAACCAGGUGGCCAUGAACCCGGCCAACACCAUCUUCGACGCCAAGCGCCUGAUCGGCCGCCGCUUCGACGACCCCGCGGUGCAGGCCGACAUGAAGCACUGGCCGUUCGCGGUGGUGAGCGAGGCCGGCAAGCCCGCGGUGCAGGUGGAGUACCGGGGCGAGGUGAAGACGUUCUCCCCCGAGGAGGUGUCCUCCAUGGUGCUGGGGAAGAUGAAGGAGGUGGCCGAGGCCUACCUGGGCCGGCCGGUCCCCAGCGCCGUGAUCACCGUGCCCGCUUACUUCAACGACUCGCAGCGGCAGGCCACCAAGGACGCCGGGGUGAUCGCCGGGCUCUCCGUGCUCCGCAUCAUCAACGAGCCCACGGCCGCCGCCAUCGCCUACGGCCUGGACAAGCGGGGCUCCGGGGGCAGCGCCGAGCGCAACGUCCUCAUCUUCGACCUGGGCGGCGGCACCUUCGACGUGUCCGUGCUGACCAUCGACCAGGGGGUGUUCGAGGUGAAGGCCACGGCCGGGGACACCCACCUGGGCGGCGAGGACUUCGACAACCGCAUGGUCACCCACUUCGUGGAGGAGUUCAAGCGGAAACACAAGAAGGACAUCGGCGGCAACAAGCGGGCCGUGCGGCGGCUGAGGACGGCCUGCGAGCGGGCCAAGCGCACCCUGUCCUCCAGCACCCAGGCCGGCAUCGAGAUCGACUCGCUGUACGAGGGCGCCGACUUCUACACGUCCAUCACCCGCGCCCGCUUCGAGGAGCUCAACAGCGACCUGUUCCGGGCCACGCUGGAGCCGGUGGAGAAGGCGCUGCGGGACAGCCGGCUGGACAAGUCCCAGAUCCAGGAGAUCGUGCUGGUCGGCGGCUCCACCCGCAUCCCGCGCAUCCAGAAACUGCUGCAGGACUUCUUCCACGGCAGGGAGCUCAACAAGAGCAUCAACCCGGACGAGGCGGUGGCCUACGGGGCGGCCGUGCAGGCGGCCAUCCUGACCGGGGACCGCUCGGAGAACGUGCAGGACCUGCUGCUGCUGGACGUCGCCCCGCUCUCCCUGGGCAUCGAGACCGCGGGGGGCAUCAUGACCGCCCUCAUCAAGCGGAACACCACCAUCCCCAGCAAGCAGACCCAGGUCUUCACCACCUACUCCGACAAUCAGCCCAGCGUGCUGGUCCAGGUGUUCGAGGGCGAGAGGUCCAUGACCCGGGACAACAACCUGCUGGGCAAGUUCGACCUCACCGGCAUCCCCCCGGCCCCCAGGGGGGUCCCACAGAUAGAGGUGAGCUAUCCAAACUGGUCACCAUGGUAACCGAUAGAAUGGCCACAAUAGCAUCUCUCUCCCUUAUCCACAGUAUGGGGGGGUUUCCAUGGGUACUAUGGCAGCAGAACGCACUGCACGGGUGGCAUUGGUGGACUUUAGUUUUGAGGCUCAUUUUAAGAUAUUCAUGUGCCAUUUAAUGAUCAAUAAGAAUUUGCUGAUUUUGUUUUAGGAUUCUAUACUUCGCACUUUCACUAUAGAAAACCUGUAAAAGAUGUUAGAGCCCUGGUUGGGAAGCUGCUAUAGCAGACUUAGCUAGGUUAAUGCAGUAAUGUUUCACUGGGCAAACGUCAACAUCAUAGAGCUGGAUUUUCCUUUAAAUCAGUUAUACAAAGGAUCUUUUUAUAUCAGUUAGAUACUUUACUGUAUAGAUAACAAGCUCAUACAAAGUGCAUUGUGCCUCUAUCACCAGGGAUGCACCAUGUGGUGCGAUAUGUCAUUUAAGACUAAACUCUGACUGCUAGAGCUUGAGGGUUUCCCCCCUAAUUUUGCAGUUUAGUUCAAUUACCAUAGCUCCCUUCUAAGUGUUCUUUGUAGAAUAUAACCAUACACUUUGAGUUUGCUGUGGGAGUUGUACUUCCUGACAUGCAUUGUGCACAUUACUCUGUGGAAGAUCCUGCAGUCCUGCUGGAUUCUCCAGUUUGAGUAGAACUUUUUCACAGGAUACUAGUGAAUGCAGUGCCAGGAGCUGAUUAAAGAUGGUUGCACUUGCGAGGGACAGCUUCAGGUAAGUAUGAAUCAUUUUGUCUUCCUCCAAGGCUGUCCAGUUAGUCACUACUGGGGAAGUGUGCACCAUAUACAGAGCUACUUUAAAAGGUUACUCUAACCACCAUGACCACUGCAGUGAUAAGUGGUCAUGGUGUGUGGCGUCUGUAUUUGCAGUGUUUUGCUAUGAAGCGUUGCACAUACAGAGUUUAACCCCCUCUGCAGCAGGAGGUUUGCCACCACCUCUAGAACAUUGACUGCAGUAGAGUAGAAUAGAGAUUAAAAAAAAAGUGUAUGUAUUUAAGUGUUCCACCAAAAUUAAUCUAAGCAAGUGUCUUAAAAUGUCUUAAUGCAAACUUGUCAUAACUUGCAUUUAAUUGUAAUUGUCUUGUAAUUAAUCUAAUUUUGCUCUUUUAAAAAUGUUUUGAUUUAUUUUUAUUUAAGGUGACCUUUGACAUUGAUGCUAACGGCAUCUUGAACGUUAUGGCAGUGGACAAGAGCACAGGCAAGGAGAAUAAGAUCACAAUCACAAAUGACAAGGGCCGUCUAAGCAAAGAGGAUAUUGACCGAAUGGUGAACGAUGCUGAAAAGUACAAGUCAGAGGAUGAGGCCAAUACACAGCGGGUGGCUGCCAAGAACUCAUUGGAGUCAUAUGCCUAUCAGAUGAAACAAACCGUGGAGGACGAGAAGCUGAAAGGCAAACUAAGCGAUCAAGAUAAAGGAAAGAUUUUGGCCAACUGCAAAGAGGUAAUUGAUUGGUUGGACAAAAACCAAGCUGGAGAAAAGGAUGAGUUUGAGUACAAGCAGAAAGAGUUGGAGAAAAUAUGUAACCCAAUCAUCACCAAACUUUAUCAAGGUGGAGCUCCUAAGCCUGGUGCUGGUGGGGGAGCAGGUGGACCUACCAUUGAAGAAGUGGACUAAAUUUAUGUGACAAGUCAGGCAUUAAAAACAAUGAUACAUUCUGUCUAAAAGACCGAAAACAUAUAAUUUUAUAAUUGCUGAUUUAAAGGGACACUAUAGUCACUAGAACCGCCACCACUGAAUGUAGUGGUUCUAGUGUCUGUAACCUGACCCUGCAGGCUGAGCACUGUAAACACUGCCCUUUCAGAGAAGGCAGUGUUUACAUUGCUGCCUAGUAAGACCUCUAGUGGCAGUCACCCAGACAACCGCUAGAGGUGCUUAAUUUAGAGCUGUACAGUCUGCAGCACUGAGCAUUCCAUAUAGAUUUGCAUUGAUUCAAUGCAUCUUUAUGAGGAGAUGCAGAUUGCUGCAGUGCUGUGUGUGUGCAAUAGCCUCCCAAUGUCCUCCUUUGAGUUUGGAGGCAGGUGGUCACCUAAACUGCCACUUAAGUACAAAAGUGUCAGGAAUACAUGUCUGUAUUCCUGACACUCGUGUUCCUUUAACAGCGGCCUUAAAGUGAACCUGGCACUCCAGUCUCAACUUGACAAACAACUUUGUCAAAUAUUGUUUAUCACAAUGGUAAAUUAUACAUUUACUGCCUUUAAACUGCUGUUUUGCUAGAACAUGGUUAAAAUCCCAUGUUCCCACACCAUUUACUUUAUUUUUUUUGGGGGGGUGGCGGGGGUCCUGCUCUUUUAGAUGGCAUCAGCUCUGCUUGGGCAGGGAUCUCCUUGAUACCAACUUGCCAGCACAUAAUCAGAGUUCUAUACUUCCCCUGCAAUUGAGCACCACUUCUUGGCUAAUACACUGCAAGAGAGAUUCUGGCUUCACCAUAUCAAAGAUGACAGAUGGGGAGAGGCCAAAUUAUUAGUUUUAAUAUAAUCUAUACUAUUGCUAGUUCAAUGUAUAGAUGACUUCAUGUACUAUAUAUUUUUAUAUAUUACUGUGUACUCUAUAAAUACCAAAAUAGCCUCCUAUAGUCAUCAGGACAUCUACAGCAUAAUGUUCUGGUGUCUAUAGCAUGUCCCUGCAGACAUUUUAAUGUAAACAUUGCCUUUUACAUUACUGCCUAGCAAUAUCUCUAGUGGUAAUUACUCAGAUGGCCACUAGAGAUGCUUCUUGGGUCAGUGCAGCACUGACAUUCAGCAUCUCCAGUAUGAAAUGUUCUCCAUAGAGAUGCUGAUUGGCACUGUGUGUGUUAGUCUCCCGAUGCUUUAUUAUGGGAAAGCUUUGCAUGGGAUGAGCUCCUAAAGAUUGUGUUCAGCCAACAAGGUGGGGCCAUUCAAGACGACUCGUGCACCACAUGGUCAUGCGGGUUGUCAGGGGUAUGAUUUUAUUUUUUGACACUAUAUUGCUUUAAAUUAGUCAUUUGUCUAAUUAUGGAUCAUAAACCAGGUCAAUUUUUCAAUGGCAAAUUAGCACUUAAAGUGAACCUAAUGCUUAAUACUUUAUACUUUGGUGUCUUUUAGUUAAAUCAAGCAGCACUUAAAAUCUCAGUAUUGAUUCUUUGCACUUCUGGAGUUAAUGUUACAAAAGUUAAAGCUUUAAAUCAAUGUGUUUGGGUGUAAAUGGCGGUCUGACCGCAAUGUCUGGGUUAUUAUACUACUAAUAGGGCUGGGCUAAAUUUCACAUUUCUACUUGAUUAUGGUAAAUACUAAAGAUAUCUAAUAUCAGUACGUCUUUAUCAAUUGUCUAUGCUUUUUAUAAGAUUAAGCAAUAAAAUUGCAGAUUUCUCAUUUUGUGGGUUUUUUGUAUUGUAAACUUGGGGUUCCUAAAUAACUGGUCAUUUUAACUUAAAAUAAAGCUAAAGCCUUUGUAUCUUUUCAAGAAGAUUCAAUACGCGGUGAUCAUUGG